CUCAUGAAAUGCCCUUUUUGUUGCCUGUCGUUCCCAACCCAUAAUUCGGCUUUGGCUGUGUUGUCUUUAAUCCUUUCUUCCAUUUGAGCCUUUCUUUCACCUCUGCCUGAGGGUAAGCCGGUGUUUCUCAACUAGAGUCUAAUAUUGACCGCUCCUCUCCGAACCCUCACCUUCUUCCUCAAACUUUUGUGAAUGACUUCGAACCGCCAUGUUUUCAGAAUAUGCGUCACGGUUUCUUGCACAGUCCCAGUCGAGGAUUGGCUUCGCUCCCGAUAGCGCUCAGAACACGCGUGACCGCCAGAGACGGCCAAACCAGUCGUCCUCAAGGUUCCCAGCCUCGAGAUCCUACCUCAACCGUGGGCUGGGAAACCCAUACAACCAAGCCGGCUCCUCACAUCUACAGCUUCCCUUCGGUCGGGGUUCCACGCAAGCUCCACUCUUCUACAGCACCACCGAUCAGUUCCGGGAGGAGGAUGAUGAACAAGAGCAUGAACGGGAGAUAGCGGAUUACUUCGCUCUCCAGCGAUCUCGGAGGAACUUUGGUGCCAUCCAGAUGGAGGAAUCAUCGGAGCUAGAAGGGGGGGAGGAAGGGAACGAUAGCACCGAGCAUGCAGAUGGCUUUGGCCAAGGGAGGGGAAUCAGAAGCUCCUGGCGUGGAGGCAAUGCCAGUGGCGAGCCUUCCCGGAGGACAGGAGUGGAAACAUUGCAUGAGCAGAAGGAGGAAGACGACGACGCGCGAUCUGCGAGCAGUAAAGGAAAAGGAAAAAUGGUUGACGUGCGCCUGGAAGAUUCGGUGCCAAACGAUAUGGUUAACCUAGACAAUGGAUUACACUCCGAAUUUCACGAUGACAAUCCUCCGGCUGUCCAGCAGUUCCGACGGUCGCCCUUCGCAAACGAUAGUUUUCAGGCCAACUCGUCAUUCAUACCCCGCGAAACAGACAAGCAGACUCUAUUAGAUCAUCCUCAACCCCCUAGCCCCGGGCAGUCGGAGGCACCACGGUCGGUGGCGUACGACGCAGAACCUCCCAUGCAUGAUGCUUUUUGGGGACAUUUGUUUUUACUAUCUCUAGCCGGCCUUUUUGCGUCGUCGUUGAUGGUAUAUCUUCAUACGUCAGAGCCGUCAGGAAAGCCCAGACUUGGUGAUACGAUAUAUUCGACCCUUCACGCAUCUUUCUAUCUUCUCGGGACAUAUACGCUCGUUUCUAUAUUCGUGUCGCUGCUGUGGCUUGCGCUUCUCAAAUCAUACGUUCGACCGUUGGUUUACGCAAUGUUAAUUGCUGUUCCGGUCAUAUUAUAUUCAUUUGCUCUCUAUUCAUUCGUCUCUAGUUUCAAAGGCUCGUGGCAUGGUGCAAGCGUGCAAGAUAAAGUGAUGCGGUGGGGAUCAUCGGUUCCGGCGAUCAUGGCAACGGCGUGGGUGUAUUCCGCGGUCAAAGGUCGCCAUUCCACUGGAAAGGCAAUCAGCAUCUUGGAAUUUUCGUGCCGGAUCCUUAGCGCCAACUCCCCGUUGCUUAUCGUGGGCCUUGCGACUCUGGCACUCAUUGCUGCGUGGACAUGGGCAUGGAUUCUGAUGUUCACUCGGGUAUUCCUUGGAGGCCACUUGAGCAAGACAAAGUCUAUAUUUAUAAUCAACCCUGAGAGUUGGUGGUUAGGCGCAUACUUCAUUCUGAUCUACCUCUGGUCUCUCGGGAUCAUUGCCGGAAUUCAACGAUCUGUGACCGCUGCCACUGUCAGCCAAUGGUAUUUCCAUCGCCUCGCGGUUCCAUCGAUAACCCCUCGCCAAAUAGUGCCUGCAGCGCUCUCGUUUUCCUUGACGACAAUGUUUGGGACCAUUUGCCUCUCCACAUUCCUCUCCCUUCUCAUCCGUCUCCCUUUAAUCAUCCUGCCACGACGACUGUCGUCCUUGUUAUCCCUGGCAGCCUACUCGAUCAUCCCCACGCCAAUUGCGGCUUUGACAAACCCGUUAACAUUGACCUACGCUUCUAUUUUCACUCAACCCUUAACUCCAUCGGCUAGAACUCUUAGCCAGCUCACCUUCCUUGCACCUUCAUCCGCGGCAACGACCAUCCAUCCCCAUUCGUUCUCCAGCAACUCCAGACACGAAGCACCCACACUAGUCCCGUAUCGCCUUGCCAAACUCCUCCUCCAUGCCACGCGCUUUAUAAUGUCGCUUGCACUGGGCUUUGCAGGCUGGGUCUCAAGUGCUCGAAAGCUGCAAGUAUCUGAUGGGAGCAGCACCGUCCGUGGCAGCUUAUACGCGUACGUUGUGGGCAUGCUCGCCGGGGCGCUUGGAUGGGGAGUGUUAGCAGCGAUGGAAGGGGUAUUGGCGUGCGUUUUGGAUGCAGCGGUGGUUUGCUGGGCGACAGAGGUAGGGACGACACGCAGGGAGGUUAAGUAUUGCCGGGAAGCUGGGUGGCUGUUCGGAGGAGGAAGGGAACGCCACAGAGAGGAGGUGUAGAUGGCUUGGAGAAGGCCGCUGUUGACUCUAAAAAUCAUGGCGAUAGGGGGUCCAAUCUUCACUUAUAUUUGGGGACAGCCUUUUCUUUUCUUUUCCUUUUUCCCCUCCCCUUCUCCCCUCUUUUUGAGGAGAUACAUAGAAGAGGCGUACUGCGGUUUUCGAUACUACCUUUCUUUCUGUUCUUGAGGAAAAAAAAAGUAUCUUUCGUUUCUUCGAGGGCACAGGAGCAAUAUUCUUCUUUUUCAACCUGGGUUAAGCCCUUUUCUUCUAUGCACGUGCCUACUCAUACAGCAAAAAUCCUUGAUCAAGGUAAGAGAUCGAGGAUGGGCAGGGGGGUAAAAAAGACGGCUUGAGAAAGUAAUGACACAGCUCGGAGACAUGUAGCUAGGCCCCCUUUUGAUUAUCCAAUUUUGCACGAUUAAUAGGCUCAGGUUAAUACAAUCGACUUUGCCAUUGGUUAGUUAAA